AUGAGACAUUUUUUUUAUUGCGAGACGGCUUUCCACAUUGCGGCCAGGUUGCACAACCAUGGUUCGGAGAAAAUCCAGGUCCUCAAGGAGUUCCUGGCAGCUGACCGCGUUGAUGUCAAUGCUUUGACCUAUGAGGGGUGUAGCGCGCUGCACAUGGCCGCUGGCUCAGGGGACGCUGCCACCUGCAAGCUGCUGCUGGACCAUGCUACCUUUACGGCUGCUGAUGCAUCGGGCACUCUACCAGAAACUAUCUCGGAGUUGAUUUCUGCUGACAGGGACCAUGACGCUGACCAUCUCUAUGACGAAGACAGUUGGAGCUUGCGCCGUUGGUGCUUCCGCCCCCGCACGGAGGACACGGGCACGGCUCUGCAUACAGCGGUUGAGAUGAACCAUGCCGAUGUUGUUGCAGUUCUUCUCGGCCACGGCCGCUUCACUGCUGUCACCAUGGCGAACGCAAACGGAAAGACAGCUUUGCACAGAGCAGCGAUGCUGGGCCGACUUGGCCUUGUCAAGCAACUGUUGGAAGAUGGCCGCUUGGUGUCAAGACUCGUGCCGGGGAGACGGGACCUGGCCUUGCGGCUAAGGCCAGCGGAGCGAUUUCGCAGGCAUCGCUCAGCCACGCUUUCAGACCACGAGCACGAAGACAUGCUUCGCCAGCAUGAUGCUGUGAUCAUGGCUCUGGGAGGUCAUGGGCUGAAGCUGGACAUACCCACCCUUUCCAUGCAGAGGAAGCAGGCAUAUGAGCAGUGUCACCAGGCCCUGGAGGAGGACCACAUGCACAGCCGGUGGCGCAAAAACCUGGCUCUCCGGAAAGGGAGCCGUCGAAAAAAGGAGGAGGUGGCAAAAAAGGCCAGGGAAGAAGAGCUUGAGAAGCUGGCUGGCAAAGCCAGAGGCUACGUGAAGAAGUGCAAAGAAUCCAAAGCAUCCAAGGCGAGCGGCUGGAGCAUCGAAUCGCCCGACUUCCAAGUAAACCUUCCCAAAACUCAGCGCGACAAACGUCGACAUCAUCAAAGGACCCCGCCUCUUAGGCUCAAACUGCAAGAGGUGUCUGGAAUGUUGGGCGUGACCCCCAACACCCCACAAUUCGUAUGCCAUGAGUUUCAUCAGCAACCAUACUGA